AGAUGUCGCUGAAGCAAAAAGCAUUGAAUUUGUUGAUGUUUAUUUUGGUGUUUGCGCUAUCAGAAGGAAACCGUAAGAAUUAUCGGUCACCUAACAUACAAAUAUGUUUAUAAUAUUCCAACAAUGUGUCAAUGUCGAUGUAAUUUUUAAAUAUCUAAGUUUGAAGUUAUUUAUUAUCAGCUAUUUAUUUAAAUUUUAUGCCUUAUAGAAAAUCAUAGUAAAAUUGGAUUUGACCACAACUUCUACUAUGGCUCUGAGGGUGAAAGUGCAGAAAUUUGCCUUGUAAUUGAAAGAUACGUGCAACGCAUUACUGGCGUGUAGGGACACAUUUUAAUUUGCCUAUUUGUUAAGACUUGACAUGAUUUGCCUAGCUGACCAAUGGUUUUAUCUUCCAUUACAGCAAACCCCUCAGUAUGAAGAUUAUAUUAGCUGGGACUAUUAAAUAGAACUUAAGUUUUGUGUUGCAGUUAAUGUUAAUGUUGUAUUUAUAGCUACAUGCAUGCUAUGAUAUAAUUAGCCUGUAAUACAACAUUUACAUCAAUCAUUUGGACAAUAUCCAAUUAGGCCUACUAAAAUAUUUCAUUUUGCAAAGGCACAAAGAUUUGUUGAUAAAUAACAUUUUUUUGAUGCGUUAAGGAUAACCACUGCGGAUGGGACAGCAAGAAGAGGAGUGGAUUACAUCAAUACUGUUCUGGCAAUUCUGAUAAAUUCUUCAGAACCAGUAUGCUAUAAUAUAAACUUGCCGGAUGAUGAUGAUUCUGAAGUACUCGAAACGUUUACCGUUGUUUUCAAGACAAAUGAUACCAAUGUUCAAAUACUUCAUAGCAAUGCUACAGUUACUAUUACUGAUGAUGAUGGUAAAUAUAUGUACUGCAUAUCUAUCUAUUUUUUAACUCUCAGACUUCCAUUAAAGUAGAUCUAGAGUAUUAUGUGAUUGGUUACGAGCGAUCGCGUGCUUCUUCUUCCGGCAACCCUGCAACAAAACCUGAUUUCUUCAGUUUUCCGCGCGCCAAAACAGAAAAGAAGUGAAAUAAUAUUAUCUUAAACUAAAACAUCUACCUGCAU